GUCCUGUUACCACUCUCUCGGCUGUUGCCGGGAAUUCACGUCGAAGGUUCACUCGCUGCAAAAUUUGUGACCCCCAACACACAAUGAGAUCAAUCAAAACCCUUUCGGUUUCUCUUCCCGGAAGAAAGCGAUCGGAUCAGCAAUGUGAUUGGCACUCGGUCACCGCCGGAGCCCUCCGGCCCUCCGCUGUGUAACACCCCUCUCAGGGACCGCCCGCGGCACCGCAACGGAGGCAGUUUUUUUUAUUUGGGAGAAAAAAGGAAGGAAAGUGAGAAGCGACACAGAGAGAGAGAGACAGAGACAGAGGGUAAAAACUGAUCACCAACUUCCUGACUUUACAGACAUGUCUGAACCUUUAGCCGAACGGCACAUUAAGCAAGAAAGAAACGCCUACACCCCACCUGUGAGCCCGGUGCUGUCCUUCACAUCCUCUGUGCACAGCAGAGUGGCCUCCGAAGGCAGACGAAUGGAGGAUGGAUCAUGCAUUUUACCCUCGCACUUGCGUUUACAGCCAGUCUUCUGGAGCCGGGAUGAUGUGGGCCAGUGGCUGAAAUGGGCGGAAAAGGAAUAUUCCCUGCGCCCGAUUGACAGCAACACAUUUGAGAUGAACGGCAAAGCUCUAUGCCUAUUAACCAAAGAGGACUUUAGGUACAGAUCCUCUCAUUCAGGAGAUGUUCUCUAUGAGUUACUGCACCACAUCCUGAAGCAGAGUGAAGCACCCAUUUGGUACCCGCCGUUCCUGCACCCUGGAAGGAGCCUGGAAAGCCCACCCCAGCUUAGCCAGCACAAUCAUCUGCAAGAUGUUGUGCAAAGGAAUUCCAGGCCCUCAGAGCAGAGCAGCUUCCGUUCGCAUCAUUCACUAGAACCCUUCCAGCGAUUGCUUCAAUCCCCAUCAGAGAACCAUAACCGGCCAUCUCCAGAAAGCGAGCGUGAAAGCUGCCACCAACUCCUGCUGCCAGCCGAUCGAAACCAAACACCAAGGUCUCAGGUGGAAAACACCCAGAAUUCUUCCCCUGAUAUGGAGCAAAGACUUUCCAUUUCACCAGCAGAUGAAAACCAUUGCCCCCCUGUCUCUGAGCACAUGCUCCCGGCCCAAAGGCGGCCCAACUCCUCACAGGAGAACUCCAGAGUGAUCCAAUUAAUUUCUACUUCCAUGAUGAACCCGCUUAUCCUCAGCAGCAGGCAGUCAAUUGAGUUUAGGCCAAGGCUGCACGACGAAACUCUGUACAAGGAGAAACCUCUAAACCUCUCACACAGGGAGGAACUGUUCUACAGAAACCAUAUCGUGCUUCCCAUGUCAGCUCAAGAAGAACCUGUCAUGCCAAUUGGAAGGAUUGCAGACUGCAGACUUCUGUGGGACUACGUGUACCAGCUACUCUCUGACAGCAGAUAUGAAGCUUUCAUCCGAUGGGAGGACAAGGAGUCAAAAGUGUUCCGCAUUGUGGAUCCCAAUGGACUUGCACGGCUAUGGGGCAAUCACAAGAACAGGACAAACAUGACAUACGAAAAGAUGUCGAGGGCACUGCGCCACUACUACAAACUCAACAUCAUCAAAAAGGAGCCCGGCCAGAGGCUGUUAUUCAGGUUCAUGAAGACACCCGAUGAGAUUCUGAACAGUCGUUCAGACAGACUGGAGCACCUUGAGUCCCAGGAGAUGGAAGAGCCUCUGUACCAGGAUGAUGAAUGUUGUCUGAGGCCAUGUGAAACAACAAACGUGUUUGCCUAAAACAUGUCAGAUGAUUAAGGCUGUUGGACUGCUAAUGGCUACGUUACUGACUCAGUGUAUGCCCACUGGGUGAGUGAUGCCUGAUCAUCCUCCAUUGGGCACUGUAAUGGAAAGUCCAGGAAAGGACAGAUAUCACAGUGGGUCUAAAGUGCAAAAUCUGUAACAGGAAGCACAUCUAACUGGCUGUGGGUUAGUGUGACCUGAGGGAACUCUGCUCCGGUGAGAUCUUCCUGGAGGUAUCAGUGUGGAGGUCUCAUGGGUUACUGUGACAUACAUCCACAUUACGUGUUUUCACCCCGAAGUAUGCUUCUUUGCAAUCUUCCAAUUUUUACGACAGUUAUUCUACUGCACCUUCAUCACUUCAUCAUACUUGUGAGUAACUGUGGUUGAAGGGAUCCAGAAUUGACCCUUUCACCCAGACAGAGAGCUCCUCUUUUGGAGCAUUGGCUGCUGAAGCAGCCUUCACGGCUCAGUGUAGCUUACGUACUGUGAUUCAUCAAUACCUUCAUCACAUGAUCCCUGCACUUUCCUGAAUCCGCACGGAACCCACAGCAACGACUGGACUGGGCCACAGCCUGCCAACUGAAAUCUGAAUCUGGAACUCAUGUCUCUUCCAGCAUUGCGCUGCUUGCAAGAGGGGAGGAGGUUAUACUUUUAUUCCAUGCACUAUUUCCCUUAAUAAUUUUAACUUGAAAUUUUAGCGAUUUUUGUCUUCUUAAAAGAAACUGCACAAACCAAAUUUGCUGUUUUGAGUUGUACAUUUAAAUGGCUUAAUAUUGAUAAACCCUUAUUUCUUACUAAAAACACAUCUUUGUAAAUUUCUUUUUUUAAAAAAAAAGCUACAUCUGAAAUAAAAGCCAAUGUGCAGUAGAUGUUUAUGUUGAAGAUCUGGAUUUGUGUUCAGCGUCAGUCCAGUCAAAUUGAGUGUGGAUGGUCAAACCGAGAGAUUUGCAGAGGAAUUCGCAAAUGGUCUCAACCUGACUGAACAACUCUAGCCUGAUGUUUCAAUUGUUUACGUCAAUAAUUGGGAUAGAGGUUUGACAUAGUUCAAGAAAUGAAUAGCUUGGCUGAUAUUGUUGAACUGCUCAUCUGUAGUUGACAAAUCAAUCCUCUCACCUCUGGCUCAAUUCUCCUGAUCUGAUCAUCCGAUCCUCUGUGCUCUGCUCUUUCCUUCUCUUAUCUGUGAAAGACCUGCCCCUGCUGUCGCACACACAUGGACUUGCCAGAAGGAUGGUCGGUGAGGGAUGUGGAAAUGGAGACAAUGUUAAGGUAAAUGAAUAUGUAUAUAUGAGCCUUGGGACAUUGGCAGAGGAAACGUUACAUGUAACCUGUGCCUGCUGUCGGUUCUUUCCACUUUGGCAAAAUUUAAUGAGGCCAAAAAAUCACGUUACUGGUGGAGAGUGUUCCUGAAGGCAAACCCCAAUAGAAUUUGCCACACCAUCACAUUCACUGGCAAACAUUUUAGGAAUUUGUGAUGGGAGUUCCCGAUGUCUGAUAUUCCACCAUGCCAGCAAGUGCAAUGGCAUUGGGGAUGUUCACUUUGUUCAAUCUGUCUACAUGACAAUCUUGCCUUAUUUGGCUCCAUGUGCAGUAUUGGACCACCUUUUAAUGGGUCCAGUGGUCAGACUGUCUUUAUAGUGAUCCUGAUUGUUUUGUUCGCUUCCUCGCCUGAUCAUUGAGAUUAAUUGUUGUGGCCCAUGUGAGAUGAGCUAACUCACACAGACCUCCCUGUAUGUCUGGGGUGGGGUCUGAGGUUUUAAAACAGUUUUGAUUUCCAGCACAUUAUGCAACAAGAGCAGCACCUCAAUAUGAACCAUUCUGCAUUUCCAAUGUGUAGAAAGACACUUUUUUUUGUAUAUGUAAGCUUCUCUUGGGGGUUGCUGCUUAUCACCGAGAGGUCAGGCCUCUGGAGUGAAACUGUGGAACUGUGGCAUUGUCUGUGCCAGGGUUCAGUCUCAUUGCAGCCGAGGAGGAGGGGAAGUUUCUCCAGGUGCAGAACUAAUGUGCCACUUCCCUGUUGCCCUGGCUGAUCCACAUUCCUGCUCCUAACAUAUUGCUGCACCUUGUUUUGCAGGAACUUAACAGGUUCCUGAUCAGUGUCACCAUUCCACAGUGCUUUGUUGAAAUGCAAUCAAUCACCCACAGACUGGGGGCGUACCCCCUGCUCUGUGUGUGCCAGUGUUACAGAGUAUUCAGGCCACAUUACUGGGUGUAUUUAAAUCUCUAUGCCAACUGUGAAGUUUUCAGUACUCACACCCAGCAGUAUAAGUGUGUAAACCUGAUGAUGUAAUUACCUUUGUUCAGGCUGAGCUUUGUUCUCAUUUCUGAGUCAGCCUGUGGUACUUUUUCCAACUGUACUGGUUCCAUUCCAGGGCCACAUUCAAAUGACCAGUGUCUAGAGCUGUGUGUCUGUAAUGAGUGUUGGGGUCUGUGUAACUAUAAUGAUAAUAUUAAUAAUAAUCCUUGCAUUUGAUAUAC